GAAUCUACAAUGACAAAUGACAAUGUCCAUCCAAAUCAGAGAAGCCACUCAGGAUGACAUCUCCCAAAUCCACACUAUCUACAGCUUCUACGUGCGCAAGUCAGUCGCCACAUUCCUUCGACAUCCUCCUCCCCUUGAAUCCCUUAUCUCCUCUUUCCGAGACAUUCAAUCCCGCGGAUUACCCUAUCGCGUUGCGAUCGACACAACCGGCAAAGUCCUAGGGUACGGCUACCUCGCCCCGUUUAACAGCACACGGAUGUCCUACGCGCCGACAGUCGAGGUAUCUCUGUACGUCCACCCGGAAUAUACAUCGAAAGGCGUGGGGAGCCGUCUACUUUUGUCUAUUCUGGAGUCUGUCGAGUCGGAAGAAGGAGUUUGGCACCGUGCCUGCGAACAUAAGGAGUACGAAACGCACGUAGAGCUCAUUCCAGAGGGCGAGGGCCGAGUGCGUAGUAUCAUCGCCUGUAUGUCGGUUGACACUACCGGGAAGGAGAAUGGCGAGGGUUUGCGAAGGUGGUAUGAACAACGUGGGUUUGUGGAGAGAGGGCGACUGAAGAAUGUGGGAUUUAAGAAGGGACGAUGUACAGUGUUUGUCGUGAUGGUAACCGCUGAGACUUAUUGUCAAUAUGCUGUUGAUUAGAUCAUCUGGAGUCAUACCUGAUUAUUUAUACAGGAUCUAGCCCAUCACUUGAGGGAUUCAACUUGAAAUUCAACUCAUAUCAAGGUGACUGAGGAAGACGUUCCUCAGUGUUGGUGGGGAGAAGAUGAGAAUGAUAAGAGGGCGAUGAGAUGAGAGAGGAAGAAGUGAAAGGCUGGUGGUAUCACACAUAAAAAGCCGCGAGUAAAGAAGAGUGAAUGUAGGAUAUUCAC